AUGGGCUGUGACUGUGUGUGUGUGUGUGUGUGUGUGUGUGUGUGUGCGUGCGUGUCCUGUAGGAGUUUGUGAUGAUCGUGGUGUUUGGGCUGGAGUACAUCAUCAGGAUAUGGAGCGCAGGCUGCUGCUGUCGCUACAGGGGAUGGCAAGGACGCCUCCGCUUUGCCAGGAAACCCUUCUGUGUCAUAGGUAACUGUGUGUGUGUGUGUGUGUGUGUGUGUGUGUGUGUGUGUGUGUGUGCGUCUGUGUGCUUCACUGCAAAGGCCCUAUCACUCCACCAAGAGAUGCAGCCUGACCACUAGAAAUAGACUUCGAUUUAGACAUUUGAAAAGGUCCUGAUGUCGAUAUAUGCCUUCCUCGGCACUCACAAAGAAAGAAAAAUGAUUGCCCUACUCUGGGCGCAAACUGAUGCUCAGAGCCAAAGCAGAAAGCACGCUGCUCAUACCACUGCUCUACGGCAGUUCACAAUGCUCUAGCAAGCCGUGAGAAUACUUCAUGGUACUUGAUGGAAACAGCGGCGGUUGGUUUGCGGAGCCAUCCCCAAACCAUAGCCCUAACCUUAACCACUCAGAAUAAAUGCCUAAACUGUUAACCUUUGAGUUGUUUCUGUUUUAACCCUGUAAUGCGUUAAAAAUAGACGUUCAUCCAUAAUACGUUGAAUUUCAAAAGGAAGCUAUGAGCUCUUGUUGUUGAGAAAUGAUCAUCAAGACUGUCAAUAUUCGGCCUCCCGAGUGGCGCAGCGGUCUAAGGCACUGCAUCGCAGUGCUAGAGGCGUUACUACAGAACCAGGUUAAUUCCCGGGCUGUGCCACAAUUGGCCCAGCAUCGUCCGGGUUAGGGGAGGGUUUGGCCGGGGGGGGCUUUACUUGGCUCAUCGCACCCUAGCGACUCCUUGUUGCGGGCCGGGUGCCUGCAGGCUGACCCCGGUUGCCAGUUGAGCAGUGUUUCCUUCGACAUAUUGGCUUCCGGGUUAAGCUGGCGGGUGUUAAGGAGCGCGGUUAGGUGGGUCAUGUUUCGGAGGACGCAUGACUCCACCUUCGCCUCUCCCAAGCCCGUUGGGGAGUUGCAGCGAUGAGACAAUAUUGAAAUUGGGGAGAAAAAGGUGGGUAAAAUAAAAAUAAUUAAAAUGAAUGUCAAUAUUCAAGGCUGAUUUCUGAUUGACAGAUAAUGUACUUCAGUACACAAAAAGAAGCUGGCAUUGAGUUCUCAGAAAAGAAGGAUAAAUACAGUUUACAAGAACAUAGAUCACUAUCUGUUUCUUCUCUCAAUAGAGAAUACUAAAACCAGCCACGGUUAGAGUUUCAAAGUUUUAAAUGUGAUUGAUGUGAAUUGGAGCGAAACACACUAUUAUCCCAGUGUACUGUAGGAGCAGUAGUUUUAUGUUCUUCAGUGUGGCCCUAAGGAUGUGGGUUUGUGUGAACCCUCUUUACCCCUCUCAUUCUCCCUUUAUCUAUCUCUCACACUCUCUCCUUUCUCCUCUGAUUGUGUGAAAGUGAAUACUAGGUACAUUAGAUCCAUGUGAUGACUCCUACAGUACACUGUGUCUAUUUUCUUAACCAGUCUCAGAGCUCCAGAUCAACACAGUUUGAUCAACACCCCUCUACUCUCUCUGGUGUUGGGCACCAACAGCCUGCUGAGUGGGGGACAUUUUCACAGAGCUGAAACGUGGAGAUGUUACCCAAAACUACCAUACCAUUUCAAAUCCUUAACUCUCCACUUGAUUCAAAACAAGUUUGGAACAUGUAAUUGUAUCGCGUGUAACACUCAUAUGCACUGCAAUACAUUAUCAUUAGCCUCUCAUGGAAGUUUACUGCAAAAGUAUUGAAGUUGGUUUGGGUGCUUUCCUCCAACCCUUUAUCUCUUUCUGUCUCUUUCCAGACAUAAUUGUCCUCAUAGCUUCCAUUGCUGUGGUGUCCGCUGGUAGCCAAGGUAACAUCUUUGCCACCUCAGCAUUGCGUAGCCUUCGCUUCCUGCAGAUCCUGCGGAUGGUGCGUAUGGACCGCAGAGGGGGCACCUGGAAACUACUGGGAUCUGUAGUCUAUGCACACAGUAAGGUACAACCAUGUUUGUAGUCCAACAGUCUGGCCUAGAAGGUCCUAUGUACUCUGACCUUCUUCAAAGAAUAGGAGGAUGUGCUCCCCCACUAGUAUCUGGUUCCUCUCAAGUUCUUCUUAGUGAAUUUUUCCUUGUCACUGUCACUUCAACUUGAUCUUUAGGGGUUGAAGACCUCGUUGCUAUUAGGUUACACAACAAAAACAGUGAGUUUUUAUGUUUUUGUUUAAGCAUAAUCAUUGAUUUCCUAUAGGAGUUGGUGACAGCCUGGUACAUUGGGUUCCUGGUGCUCAUCUUCUCUUCGUUCCUGGUCUACCUUGUGGAGAAGGAGUUCAACAAAGACUUUGCCACAUAUGCCGAUGCUCUGUGGUGGGGCACGGUGAGUCUACACACACACACACACACACACACACACACACACACACACACACACACACACACACACACUCCACACAUAAACAUACUCAAUUUAGAUUGAUCAAUAUGUUUCAACAUAGCCCAUACUAAUAUGCACAGGACUGAAGUUUAAUAAGCAGAUACAAGAAAACAAGAACAAAGAAAGAGUAGCUUUAUGAUCAUUACUGGAUGUGCCGACCAGUCAAUAAUAUGACCUUAAGACACCUUAAUGACAUCUUGGCAUGACAGAGCUACAAGCUCAUGCUUGGCUGGUCUUCAAACAACUCCCAGGCACUACUUGCUAGACCUUAAACAAUGUCAACACAAAUAAUGAAUGCCCACGGCUUCAGACCCGCUAAAAUGACCCAAUCGAUGAAUGUAAUUUCCAGUGUCUGUCAGGUGAGACUGGGCUAUUAGAUGUGCAAGGGGAGACAGGGACAGGAAGAGAAAGGGGGUCACUGAAAUACACAACACAUACAAAAGUGCAGUGUUAUUCAAUUCUGGUCCUCAAUAGCUUUAUACAGUGGGUUUUUCUAUUCAGGAAGUACAUUUCAUUACCUGAAUUGACUGAAUUGAAAAUGGAAUUGACCCAAAAUACUACAAACCGGUAUUUUGGGACAAUUGUUUUGUGACCUCUGAACUCUGUGAUGUUGAUGUGUCUGAACAGAUCACCCUGACGACCAUUGGCUAUGGAGACAAGACUCCUCAGACAUGGACGGGUCGUCUGAUCUCAGCUGGCUUUGCUCUGAUGGGAAUCUCCUUCUUCGCCCUGCCUGCCGUGAGACACACACACACCCACAUGCACACACACACGCACACACACAAUUUGACGUUGAGUGAUUGAACGUGGUCCAUUGUGUGUGUGUGUGUGUGUGUGUGUGUGUGUGUGUGUGCAGGGUAUCCUGGGCUCAGGCUUUGCCCUGAAGGUACAGGAGCAGCACAGACAAAAACACUUUGAGAAGAGGAGGAACCCAGCAGCCAGCCUCAUCCAGGUACACAACACACACUCACACAAGUCCAUCACCAGAUAUGAUUUAACUGUUCUGUGUGUGUGUGUGUGUGUGUGUGUGUGCGUGUGUGUGUGCGUAUGUGAAAGUGCCCGUGUGUGUUUGUUUCAGAGUGUGUGUGUAUACAGUAUACAGUAUGUGUAUGUGUGUGUGUGAAAACAUGCAUGUGUGCGUUUGUGUCAGAGUGUGUGAGUGAGUGUAUGUGAGUGUGUGUUUGUGUGCGAGUGUGUGUGUAGUUGAUAUCUAACCGUGGCUGAGACUCUUUGUCCUCUCUCAGGUCCAAAGGCAAUACAGGGCUGAUAUUUAUGAGCUGUUUCCACCAGAGCUAUUCCCAGGGUGGAUUUACCUCUACGCCAAAGCUCAUCCUAACAGACAAGACCUGGACUUUUACAAUACACAAUCAUCUUAACAUAGACAAUGAACUCCACAAAACAAACACACAGAUCUUGUUUUUAUAGAUAUUUUACCAUCAAGCAGAAAAAACGAUUAGGCUACUCGUUUGAUUCAUAUAUUCAAUUUAGCUCCCUUUUCCACUGCUUUAAGGCCUGCAAACAGCCAACUCAUUUUGCAUUGUACUCUAUUUAUACUAUCUGUAUGGUAUGGCUGAGUUGAUGUGGAACUCAACACUUCUCCUGACCAGAUAUUUUUUCUCGACAGACAGACAUCCAGUACAUCUGCAGUUGGCAGGGAUGUGUUAUCUCUGUUGUUUGUUUGUGCUUGUCUUUCGCUAUUGUGUGCCCUUUGUAUUUAUACUGAACAAAAAUAUAAACGCAACAUGUAAAGUGUUGGUCCCAUGUUUCAUGAGCUGAAAUUAAACAUCCCAGAAAUUGUCCAUACUCACAAAAAGCUUAUUUCUCUACCAUAAGCCUCCUCCAUUGUCGUUUUAGAGAAUUUGGCAGUACGUCCAACCGGCCUCACAACCGCAGACCACGUGUAACCACGCCAGCCCAGGACCUCCACAUCCAUCUUCUUUACCUGCGGGAUCGUCUGAGACCAACCACCCGGACAGCUGAUGAAACUGUGGGUUUGCACAACCGAAGAAUUUCUGCACAAACUGUCAGAAACCAUCUCAGGGAAGCUCAUCUGCGUGCUCCUUUUCUUCACAAGGGUUUUGACCUGACUGCAGUUCGGCGUCGUAACCGACUUCAGUGGGCAAAUGUUCACCUUUGAUGGCCACUGGCACGCUGGAGAAGUAUACUCUUCACGGAUGAAUCCCGGUUUCAACUGUAAUGGGCAGAUGGCAGACAGCGUGUAUGGUGCUGUGUAGGCGAGCGGUUUGCUGAUGUCAACAUUGUGAACAGAGUGCCCCAUGGUGGCAGUGGGGUUAUGGUAUGGGCAGGCAUAAGCUACGGACAAUGAAGACAAUUGCAUUUUAUAAAUGGCAAUUUGAAUACACAGACAUACCAUGACGAGAUCCUGAGGCCCAUUGUCGUGCCAUUCAUCCGCCGCCAUCACCUGAUGUUUCAGCAUGAUAAUGCACGGCCCCAUGUCGCAAGGGUCUGUACACAAUUCCUGGAAGCUGAACAUUUCCCAGUUCUUCCAUGGCCUGAAUACUCACCAGACAUGUCACUCAUUGAGCUUGUUUGGGAUGCUCUGGAUCGACGUGUACGACAGCGUGUUCCAGUUCCCGCCAAUAUCCAGCAACUUCACACAGCCAUUGAAGAGGAGUGGGACAACAUUCCACAGGCCACAAUCAAAAGCCUGGUCAACUCUAUGUGAAGGAGAUGUGUCGCGCUGCAUGAGGCAAAUGGUGGUCAACCAGAUACUGACUGAUCUUCGCCCCUACCUUUUUUAAGGUAUCUGUGACCAACAGAUGCAUAUCUGUAUUCCCAGUCAUGUAAAAUCCAUAGAUUAGGGCUUAAUUUAUUUAUUUCAAUUGACUGAUUUCCUUAUGUGAAUUUUAACUCAGUAAAAUCUUUGAAAUUGUUGCAUUUUGCUUUUAUAUUUUUGUUCAGUGUACUGUAUGUGUGUGUCUGUCUGUGUAUGUGUUGUGCACCUCUAUGUGUUUAUGAUUACGUGUACCCUAUCUCCUCACCAUGUUGCCAUUCCUCCCAUCGAUGUAUGUCUGUCUGCGUGUGUCAACUCGUACCCCAGGCGGCUUGGCGUCUCUACUCCACCGAUGAUGCCCGUCCCUACCUCAGUGCCACGUGGCAGCACUACCAGGGUGCCCUCUCCCCCUUCAGGCAUGUAUCCCCCCCUCCCCCUGCCCCAUGAUGCCUUGACAGUUUUACUAAUCACUCUCUUUUUGUUUUCUUUCUCUUUCCUUUCUUUCUCCCUUCCUCCCUCCCUUCCUCCCUCCUCCGUUCCCUCUGGCCUUGUCUUACAAAACAUGUCUCCCCCUUCUCCCUCCUCCCUCCUCUGUCUUUUUGUUUUUCUUUUGUUUUCUGUUGACUGCACGUAGUGUGUCUGGCGUAGUUAUGCUGCUGAUGAGAACUCGGUUUCCAUAGCUACCUGGAAGCCUCAUUUGAAGGCGUUGCAUACCUGCAGUCCUGCAAAGUAGGUAACAACUAAAGUAUGGCUGCUGCUCUGCUCUGCUCUCUUCCUCUGUGCUCUUCUAGCUUUUUUCACAAUUUCCUUCUCUGCUUUUUUAGUGGUCGGUCACUUUUUGAGUUUAAUCAGCUCAGCAACUACUUUUGACAUUCCUCUGUAUACUUAUUUUGUUAUUAUUGUAACUGGAUACUUGUUUUGGUUACAGUACUUUUACAGUCAUUUUUUUGAAGGCUCACAGUCAUCAAAUAGUCUAAUAUUUCCAGGCGCCCACACACAAAGAACCAAACGUACAUACUUUGCUUUCACUAAUUCAUUUAAACAUGGAAAGUAAAACAGAGUGUAUAAACAAACAUUUUCCAACUUAUCUUGUCCAGAAAUUACAUCCAUGUUUUCUCUGAAGGCUUUAGGGUGUGUUUAAGGGCACAGGAGAGGAGCCUGGUAAUAUUGUCUGGACCACCUGCUUUAUUGCACACUCACCCGCUCUCAUGCAAACAUACACACACAUACCCUCUGUAGGUCUACAUACAGUGUGGGCACAAACACAGACAUCUGCUUAUUCAAUCACAAUUACACAGAAAUACACACACACACACCUUUCUAUCUCCUAUCUCUGUUUGCCAGUGCUUUCCUAGCCCGGUCAUGUGGCACAGCCAUCGCUUGCAUGUGUACCUGCUGCAAUGUUCUGCUGACAACUAGCUGACAACAUUUAUCUUUCACAAGGCUUUGACUGUGGUAGUUUGUGUUCUUCAUGCCUGACUGUUUGUGUUUAUGUUCUGACAUCAUGUCUCGCAUGCGACACACACAGAGAGGAUGUUAUGAAGCUAGCUGACCUUCAUCUUCAUCUCGCUGUCCCUGUGGGAGACCCUGUAGACUCUGUCAUUAACUACUGAUGUCUCUUCCCUUGUCUCUCUCUCCUCUUUUCUCACUAACACCUAAAGGAAAGAACAGGGCGAGACAACUAGCAGGUUUGUAGCUCUCGCCUCUACACACAUCGCGCAAUGGUUUAUUCAAUGACAUUCACUCUAAUAAGAAGUCAUAUGCUGUUUGUGUUGAUACUGAACCCUUGUUUUCAAAUUGUUUUGAAAGUCACUGUUUGGCCAGAGCUUCCAAUCACCAGGGUGUCCCAGGUCAGAAUCAGUCCCUUGUUAGAGGGGAAGAAUGAAAAUCAACAGUGCUAUGGAAGUCAAUGUCCUGGUUUGAGAGAGGGGUCUCUAGUGUAUCAGUCUCUGUCUCUCAGAGCACCUCUCCAAGCCACCAUGAAUGCACUACCGGUCGUUUCUCUCUGUCUCUGCCGUGUUUGUGUGUUUUAGAGAGUAUCUGAGUGUGUUUCUAUGCUUACUGUGUGUGUGUGUGUGAGAGUUUGUGUGUGUUUCUACACUGUAUGGGAUUGAGUGUGUGUGUUUCUACGAUAUGUGUGUGUUAUGUGCAAACCGGCGUCUGUACCAUGUCUGCACCAUGACGUGCUUUUUCCAUUCCAAGGGUAUUUAUAUAACUCAUCAAACACCAGUCUCAGUCGGCAGGCGGAGAGACAAGGAGAGGAGGAGGGAGAGACAGAGAGAUUUGUGACUUUAAUUAUGAUUUUUGGUUAUUGUUUUUACAAUACAGUGCUCCUUUGGCAACGGUGGAUUCCUCAUGUCAUGCCAGUGCAGCUUUUAUAAAUGUGGAUUUUAUGUUGAGAGACAUAUGCAUAGCACACACGCAGUCACACACACACACACACACACACACACACACACACACACACACACACACACACACACACACACACACACCACCAAACUGUCAUUCUCUGCUAAUUCUCCAAGCUGUUAGAAGUCAUGGGGUUUUGUAUGCUUUCAUUGGCUUCUCAAAUAACUUCUGUUGUGGUUUAGUCAAUUAGGCAAGAGCUUUUGAAAUCAUAAUUACACCCCAUCUUUUCAUGCACUCAAAUUUAUACCAUACAAUUAGCUGUAUAAUUAAAUGUUUCUUAAGCAUCGCUCACAUCAAGGGUUGAGAACUUAGAUAAUGUUAUUAGUUGCUUUAUAGUAGCAAAUUAGUUUGGUAAAACAGACUUAUAAACUCAACCAGCUAAACACUGUGUGUGUGUGUGUCUGUGUCUGUGUGUGCGUGUGUGUGUGUGUCUGUGUGUCUGUGUGUUUGUGUGUGUGUCUGUGUGUGCAUCUGUGUGUGCGUGUGUCUGUGUGUGCGUGUGUGUCUGUCUGUGUGUGUGUGUGUGUGUGCAUACGGGUAUAGGUGUGAGAGUAUGAGACUGAUUAUUCUGCUCUUUUGGAAUAUUUUCUUCACAAUUUAUGACUUCUGACUUCUACACUCUUAGAAAAAAGGGUUCCAAAUGGGUUCUUCGGCUGUCCAUUUUUGAUUCUAGGUAGAACCCUUUUUAGUACCAGGUAGAAAUAUUUUGGGUUCCAUGUAGAACGCUCUGGGGAAAGGGUUCUGCAUGUAUCCCAAUAGGGUUCUACCUGGAACCAAAAGGGUUAUUCAAAGGGUUAUCCUAUGGGGACAGCCGAAUAACCCUUUUAGGUUCUAGAUAACACCUUUUUUUCUAAGAGUGUAGAGUCUAAGGACAUAACCACCAUAAAUUAACCUUCAUAUUUUUUAUUUAAACUCCUAGGCCUAGAGCUAAAUGUAUGUGAGUUAUAUAAUCACCAGUUAUAUUUAUACUUCAGCACUGACAACAUAGAAUGUGAGAUACAUAAUCGCCCGUUUAUACUUCUGACAGUAUUGACCGUACAGAUGUCUCUCCUCCCUCCCUUUCCUACUCCAUGGUGUGUUAACCCUUUCCUCCUCUAUUUGUCUUCCUCCCUACCCCCGUAGUAAGGGUCAUAGUAAUAGGAGGCGCUUCAGAAGGAAAUGUAGGAGGUACUCAAUACCCAGCAUCCGCUCCUCCCUGGUCACAUGAUCUCUGGGAAUGCUGACUAACUGCCAGGUGCAUGGAGGAUGACGAGAGAACCCCCAAACUGUCACCCCUUCAAUAAAACCAUUGUAUUUGCCCUUUGCUUGUCUAAUGGGAUUGCUGCCUGUUACCUGUUGCCUGUUGGUUUUGACCCCCACCUCCCGUGGAUCCCCUUAUCAGACACAACCCCUAACUAACUGUAUCCUGGUCCCCCUGGGUAUCGGAAGUAGUUCUGUGUGUAGAAAUCUGAAUUCUUAAUACAGUCCUUAAUGUCUGAAAUCUACGGUCCAUCUCGAUCUCCAUUGGUCUGCUGAGGUCCCUCAGCUUGGCUGCAUGGUGCCACUGCAUGAAUUCACCACCAUGACUGAACUUUGAUCACACUGCACUGAUGCAUCUUCAUUAACCUAGGCUUGGGCAAGGUCCAUGUUAUCGUUAAUAACUUCCUUAUCGUUACUGGAGCGCGAUAUUCCCUCCUGAAGUUUCCACAAAAACUUUAGUCUGAAUCUGGGAGUUGGCUCACUGAUCAUUGGUGCCUGCAGAAUCAAGCCUGAGCAUUGGGCCUGCUGUCACACCAUCUGAUUGAUCCACAGCAUUGCAUGCUUGUCCGGUUGCCAUGGCAGGGGGGGUUUAGGGUGUGUUUCAGGUAGAGGCUCUCUGCACCCCCCCCACCCGCCUAUAAAUCUACAGUACGUCUAAGCACAGGCCCACCGGCACAAUACAGAUCUAAGUGUCCUAGAGAUACUGAGAUAGUAGCCUACAGUUUAAGUAGUAGGAACAGUGAUUCUAUGCAUCAGUAUGAAUUGUAAGUCUUGCAGUGUUCCCUGGUAAUUUUCUUUGUCUUAGAAGAGUGGUCAGUGUCAUACUACUGCAACUGCUCUCUACAAAACUAGUCCACAAGAGUUAUAGGUCCUAGAGAGCUACAAGGUGUGUACACUCAUAUAAAAAAAAGGCUGAUUCAUUUGUCCCCAUAGGAGACCCCUUUUUGGUUCCAGGUAGAACCCUUUUAGUGGUGAAAGGGUUCAACGUAGAACCUUGUGUUAGUGAAGGGUUCCACUUGGAAGUAGGGACAGUAAAGAACACUUUAUGGUUCUAGGCAGCAACUUAUUUUCUAAGAGUGUAGACUUCUGUUUCCACCCAGCUGAUUCAGCUGCUUUAGUGCUGGGCUGGAGCAAAAGCAUGCACAUCCUAUACAGAUGUAGGAUCUUAAUUUGAUCACCCUGUUGCAGGAUUACUUUUCACGUGUAGUGUAUUUGAAGUUUAAAAAGGCUUCUGAGGUUUGUAUUUUCCAUUUUGAAAUUUCAGACUUGAUUUUCCAUUAUUUAUAAUCCACACAUUUCACAUUUCCUGUUGCUGCAGGAUUAUUUUCCUGCUGUAGCAAACUAGAUCUAUUUAAGAUUCUAUAUCUGUAGUUCCUCAGGACCGUGGGUUAGGGACCACUCUCUUAGAGAGCAGAUGGGGUACUCUAAGUGUGUUGUGGAUGAGGUAAGCAUGUUUGGGUUUGAGGAAAGGACAGUUCACUGCACUACACUGUGAGUGUGCUCUGUCUGCACACAUUUUUCUUUCUCAGGUGGAAUGCAUAAUGACAGUGUCUCUCUCUCUCUCUCUCUCUCUCUCUCUCUAGUACGAAGUUGAGCUUUAAGGAGCGGGUACGGAUGGCAAGCCCUCGCGGCCAGAGCAUGAAGAGCCGCCAGACGUCCAUCAACAACGACCGGCGCUGUUCCCCGGGCAACGAUGUGGCGGGCGCUGAGACGGGCAGCAGCCCUACCAAGGUGCAGAAGAGCUGGAGCUUCAACGACCGUACCCGCUUUAGACCCUCCUUACGCCUCAAGAGCCAAUCACGCACCACGCCCUCCGAGGGUGAGUGGAGAGUAUGUGUGGGUUUCUGUGUGCGUGUGUGUGUAUACGGUAUGUGUUUUAUAAGAAGUCCACAAGGGUAGAGUCACGACUUACAUUCAACAGAAGUUCCAAUAACCUCCAACAUGACAUAUGGAGGUCCAGUCCACUGCCAUACUGUAUAUAAACCUCUAUUGGAACAGAGAAGUCAAGCUGUAUGUAACCUUCUAAUAGAGAAGGAAGGUGCUUGACUGAGCAGUUCCCUGUUUCUGUCGCCCUGCCUCUCACUGUGUAGUUUAUCUGUCCUCUGCAGGACACCUAUCCUAACAAUAAAUCAGACCUGAGAAACUCUCAGACUGCGCUCAUAUUAUUGACUAGACGAUGUAUGCAUCCUUCAAUCACUACACAUACGGGAAACAGCUGAGCUGGCAAAUCGUGACUAUUCCUAGAGUUAACUGGAGGUUUGUGGCACCUUAAUUGGGGAGAACGGGCUCGUGGUAAUGGCAGGAGCAGAAAAAGUGGAAUGGUAUCAAAUACAUCAAACACAUGGUUUGAUGCCAUUCCAUUUGCUCUGUUCCAGCCAUUAAUAUGAGCCGUCCUCCCCUCAGCAGUCUUCACUGCUAGAGAUCCAAUUUUGAUUUGAGGAAAAAAUAUAAAUAAAUAUUAUAUUGUUGAGUUUCAGCUUGGCGCUGAAGUCUGUAAGGAAGGUUUAUUUAUUUAUUUGGUCAUCUUUAAUUUAGCACCUCAAGUGGGUUGAGAAUGCAUUCUAUUUUAUAAUUAUGACCUGGGGAAGACUUGCAAUGGUGACGGGUUGAAAGAGCCAGUUGGAAUCUGACUAGUUGGCCAUGGCAGUAUGAGAGACCAGUUAACUUGACACAACCCCCUUUUCUGUCUCUCAGUGGACACAGGAAUGGGGAAUGAUGACGCAUUCGGCGACAGGGUUUGCCACUGUGAUGUCACCGUGGAGGACCUAUCAGCUCCAUUGAAGGCUGUCAUCAGAGCCGUCAGGUGAGUGCUUCAGCCCGGUCACCCGUGAUACAAGUCAGUAUUCGACGUCCAUCCAUGUCUGAGGAUGUCGGGAGAUAACGUAGAAACCGGCCACUAGGGGCAACAGUGGGCACUGUCACCUUGAAGUAGGUUCCUGUUUGGGAUGGGCGUAAGCAUCUGCCUCUGAUUCCAAAGGUUGCAAGUUUGAAUUCAGAGAUAGAAAGUUGUUUUUGAUAUUUUAGUUUUAAGCCUAACCCAAACCUUAACCCCUACCUUAACCAUUUGGAGUCAAUGCCUAACCUUAAGAAUUUGGAGUUAAUGCCUGAACUUCACCCUAACGUGCAAAAAUUUGACGUUUGGAAGAACUCCGAAAUUUGACGUUUGAGAACCAUGGAUGAACGUCUAAUUCUGACGUGAGAUUGUGAGUGCUUCAAGGGAUUCUGCUAACCCAGUGAUGGGUCAGGGAGAACAGUUUGGGGGGCUGUUACAGCUGGCCCCUUACUCACUCUGCCACCGGCAACAUGUCUUUGUUUACUCAUGUGGCCACCAUACUGGUACUGUCUCUCCCUCCCUCACCCCCUCUCCCUCUCCUUCACCCUCUCCCUCCCUCACCCCCUCUCCCUCUCCUUCACCCUCUCCCUCCCUCACCCCCUCUCCCUCUCCUUCACCCCUCUCCUCCCUCACCCACCUCUCCCUCCCUCACUUCCCCUCUCCCUCUCCUUCACCCCUCUCCCUCCUCACCCUCUCCUCUCACCUUCCCUCCCUCCCCCCUCUCCCUCUCCUUCACCUCUUCCCUCACCCCUCUCCCUCUCCUUCACCCUCUCCCCUCCUCCCUCACCCCCCUCUCCCUCUCUUCACUCAUCCUUCCUUCCCCUCUCCCUCUCCCCCCCCUCCCCCUCCCUUCACCCUCUCCCUCCCUCACCCCCUCUCCCUCCCUUCCCCCCCUCCCUCCCUCACCCCCUCUCCUCUCCUUCAUCCCUCUCCCUCCCCCCCCUCCCUCUCCUUACCCCUCUCCCCUCCUCACCACCCCGCUCACCCUCCUUCCCCUCCCCUCCCUCCCUCACCCCCUCUCCUCUCCUUCACCUCUCCCUCCCUCACCCCUCCUCCUCUCCUUCACCCUCUCCCUCCCUCCCCCACCUCCCUCUCCCUCCCUCAUCCCCCUCUCCCUCUCCUCCCUUCUCCCUCUCCCUCACCCUCUCCUCUCCUCACCCCCUCUCCCUUCCUCUCCUUCACCCUCUCCCUCCCUCCCCCCCCUCUCCCUCUCCCCCCUCCCUCCCCCCCUCUCCCUCUCCCUCCCCUCUCCUUUCACCUCUUCUCUCUCUCCCCUCCCUCCCUCUAUCUCCUUCCAUUUCCCUACCCCCCCCCCACCAUCUCCCCUCACUCUCUCUAACGUCGUCCUUCCGUCGAACCUCAAUCCCCUCCCUCUCUCCCUCCACUCCCUCUUUUUCCCAUUCCCUUUAACUCUCCAUCUCCCCCACCUCUCUCUAACGGUGUCGAAAGAUGUCCUAUUUUGAUUGUCUGCCAACACCCCAAUUCCCAUCCACAGGUUGUUGCUCCAGAGGACCCCCUCUCCCUUUGCCCAGCCUGCUUGCUAAGCAGGCCCCCUCUGUGGGCAGUGGGAGUAGAGACGUGCCCCUGGCUUUCCCAGGGUGUCGGGUUGACACCCUCUCAGUCAGAACUGUUAUUACAGCAGCUCAUCUGUCAUGAUGGUUUCCAUUUAUACAGUGAGGAUAGUGAGCAACUAAAGCAGUUCUGGAACCAUUAGGGGGUCAGAAUGAAUCAACUGUAGAGAGCCACAUACCUGCAUCAAUAUUAUUCACUCAGCAGUAGCUGUACUUGUACAUUAAGGUAGAGGUAUAAUACAAUUCUAGCGUGGUUGGGUUUCAAAAUAGCUCAGUCAGGUUUUGUUGACAUGACAUCUGCUAAGGUUUCAUAAUGUUCUUGUGAAAGUAUCUGAGUAAUGUUUAUUUUACCUAUGCUCCGAAAACAAAAGGUAAAGGCUAAAGUGACAACUGUCAGCUUCUUGCGAACAUACUGGUUUAUGUGUAGUUAAGCUGUUGUUGCCCUCUAGUGGCUGACAAAGAGAUGACAGCUAGAUCAAAUCAAAUCAAAUUUUACAUUUUACAUUUACAUUUAAGUCAUUUAGCAGACGCUCUUAUCCAGGGCGACUUACAGUUAGUGAGUGCAUACAUUAUUUUUUAUUUUCCAUACUGGCCCACCGUGGGAAUCAAACCCACAACCCUGGCGUUGCAAACGCCAUGCUCUACCAACUGAGCUACAUCCCAAAUCAAAUCAAAUUUUAUUGGCCACAUGCGCCGAAUACAACAGGUGCAGACAUUACAGUGAAAUGCUUACUUACAGCCCUUAACCAACAGUGCAUUUAUUUUUUAACAAAAAAGUAAGUGUUGAGAAAAAAAGAGCAGAAGUAAAAUAAAAUAACAGUAGGGAGGGUAUAUAUACAGGGGGGUACCGGUGCAGAGUCAAUGUGCGGGGGCACCGGCUAGUUGAGGUAGUUGAAGUAGUUGCCACAAUGACAUGAUUCUGUUUGAUUCUCACCUCUUUUCCACUCAGGAUCAUGAAGUUUCAUGUAGCAAAGAAGAAGUUUAAGGAGACUCUGCGUCCGUACGAUGUGAAGGAUGUGAUAGAGCAGUACUCUGCAGGACACCUGGAUAUGCUCUGCAGAAUCAAGAGUCUACAGACUAGGUGAGAUGCGCACACACACACACACAGACAGACAGACACAUAAACACACACACCUUCAUAUCUAUGUUCACCUUAUCCACUUAAUUCACGUGUCUGUCUGUCUGUCUGUCUGUCUGUCUGUCUGUCUGUCUGUCUGUCUGUCUGUCUGUCUGUCUGUCUGUCUGUCUGUCUGUCUGUCUGUCUGUCUGUCUGUCUGUCUGUCUGUCUGUCUGCCUGCCUGCCUGUCUGUCUGUCUGUCUGUCUGUCUGUCUGUCUGUCUGUCUGUCUGUCUGUCUGUCUGUCUGUCUGUCUCUGUGUGUGUGUGUGUGUGUGUUUGUAUGUGUGUGUAUAUGACCCUCCUAUGUACCUCUUCCUCCCAGGCUGGACACCAUAGUGGGUCCUCCUCAGCAGCAGCUGCUGAGCCCCAGGGUCAAGACCUUUUCCUCUCCCUCCCUGCACUUAUAUUACAACCAGGACAGGAGGAAGUCCAUGCCAGGGACGAAGUCUGUCCCAGGGUUAGGCAACCCCCCCACCCCCCACAUGCAUCUCUAUGUGUGACUUUAUAAAGAUUGUAGUUUAGUAGUUGAUUCUAGUAGUGGUAGUCUAGUCUGGUUUUAAAGAAUGUGCGUGUAGCUCGUACAUACGUGGUGCCUGUAGUUGUCCUUUUUUGCUACACUUCAAGUGUUUGAGUGUGUGUGUGUGUGUGUGUGUGUGUAUAUGUGUGUGUGUGUGUGUUGUAUCUGACCCCCAUGUCUCUCCCAUACAGACUGGCCACUGGACUGGGCCCCACCCUGAGCAGAAAACCUGGGAACAUGUCCUCCCCCUCCCUGCAAUUAUAUUACAGCCAGGCCAGGAGGAAGUCCGCCCCAGGGAUGAAGUCCCCAGGGUUAGAUAACCCCCCUCCCACACCAACCCCUAAUAACGUAGACCCCCUAGCCACUACCCCCAACUCCACCCUGUCCCCCGUUCCUCACACAGAGGACAGAGUUUGAAAGGAGAUGGUGCUAUGUCCAUGUGUCCAUCAGGGAGCACAAAGCCUGUGUUUGUAGAUCUACAGAGGCAGGAUAGGUUUAAAGGUGAGAUGGUGAUGGCUCAACCUACAGGCUUCCAAUGGGACUACAAGAGUUUCUACCAUAUUGCUUACACUAUCCGGUCACUUUUAGAUCUUUAGAUUUAGAGCACCAUAGUUCUGUAUAUAUUGACCAGAAAGGACACACUGCUUUCACUGAAUCAACCCAGUUUUAGAAGCUUUGGACUCCCUGAUGACAUAAAGGUGUUUGGAAAUGCCAAUGGACCAAUGGAAGCAUUCACCUAGCGGAUGUUACAUGUGUAACAUAUCCCCAAAUGUGUGGUAAAAGUAAAGCUCCCACAUGAAAAAAGACUACAGUUUACUAUAGAAUAUAAGUACUUACUAUAGAAUUCUAUAGUAAACUGUAGUAUACUGUAGAAUACUAUACUACACACUGUAGUCUCCCUCGAUCAUGUGUAGUACUUACUAUAGAAUAUACUGUAGUAUACUGUAGGGGCGGCAGGUAGCCUAGAGGUUAAGAGUGUUGGGCCAGUAAUCGAAAGGUCACUGGUUUGAAUCCCAAAGACGAUUAAAUGAAAAAUCUGUUGAUGUGCCCUUGAGCAAGGCACUUAACCCUAAGUCACGGUUGUGGUGAGGGUGCUGUGGGAUUAUUUAAGAUACUCUUUGAAGAGGUAGGGUUUCAGAUGUUUCAGGGUUUCUGUCCUACCUACCUAGAGGUUAUGGAAAAUUUGCAAUUUCUCCUGCAUGUUUCCUGAAGGAGAAAGCCUCCACUUCUAUGUCAAAGAUAAUAAAGCAAAAACACAAUAGUAAAUACUACAUUAAUGUCUGCAAAAACACUACAGUAAAUAGUACAGUCCGCAAAAACACUUCUUGAAUUACUAUAGUAUAUACUACAGUUUUAUUUUACUACAAUAUUUAUACUAUAGUUAACUGUAAAUACUACAGUAUACUACAGUAUAUUAUUCACUGUAGUGUGUUUGUGGACUUUAAACACUACAGUGAAUACUACAGUAAAGUCUGCAAAAAAACACUACAGCGAAUACUAUAGUAUUUACCAUAGUAUACUAUAAUAUUUUUUCAUGUGGGCUGCUAUGAAUGUGAGGUCUGUCUCAAAUAUCCUGCAUGUUGCUGCGCUUAGGGGACAUAGAAAAGAUGCAGCUGUCAAUCUAACAGAAUCACUGUUCCUCCUCCAAAGGAUUGGCUAAUGAAUAAGGAUCUCUCAACAUGGAACUUCUGUGAACACAGAGAAUGGCUGUCGUUACUAGUUGGUGCAGAUUGUUGUUUUUAACAUGCACUGUAGAUUGCGCUGUAGUUGAUUGAAGCUGUAGUUUAGAAACACUGUAUGAUUGUGUUUUAACUGUAGCCUGUGGUUUGUUGUUUGAACUGUGACUCUGUAGCGUGGGUUGAUGAAUCUAAUCAUAGUAUGGUGUGUCUGUUCUAACUAACUCUAACACUGACAUGCUUCCAUUAGAGUUAGGUAUGUUGCCUGCUGUGAAGUGCCCUUAGAAGAGGCUGGGGUGACUGGCAAUGUACCCAUUAGUCCACUUUUUGUGAUUAAUACGACAAGUGUGUGUAUCACAGGGUGGAUCAGAUACUGGGUAAGGGCCAGAUCCCCAUGGACAAGAAGAUCAGGGACAAGCUGCACCCUGACGGGGACACUCUGCAGGACAUGAGUAUGCUGGGACGUGUGUGUAAGGUGGAAAGACAGGUGACCAAUUAAGCCAAUUACAUUAGUUUGUGUGUACUCGUAGAGAAGUGUCUCUUGCACACACUGUAAAAAAAAUCUAGUUGAUUCAAUUAAUAAUUAUUUUGUGACUGGAACACAGCCUUUUUUUAGUUUACUAAACCUUUCGGUCAAAAUGUUACCUGAACUUAACAUUUUUUGUUAGUCCAAACUUAGUUCCAACUUGAGAAAACUUAGGUUAGGGACACCCACACAUUUUAACAUACAAUGUUUUCAACUUACAUAUUUAUACAGCGUCAGAUAUCAGUUAAUCUGACUAUUCUCUAUCAUUGAUUUGAUUGACUUAUUUAAUUAUUUUCUGUUUUAAUGUCACUCCUUAAUCACUAUGAUAAAUAAAGUAGUGUGUGUACUUUUACCAGAGCUGAAAUUUACUUUGAAUUGCAAAGUGUAGGAAUACAGGUGAAAUCAGUCAUUGACACAGACAUGGUGGCGUAGCAGGAAGAUAGGAAUUUCAUGAACCAAGUGGUUGUUAGUUCAAUAUCCCAGGGGAGGACCUGUUGAAUAAUAAUUACUGUAUAAUGGAACAUGCACAAUCUAAUCAUGUACAGUAUGUCAACGUGUCAAAUAUGUAAGUUGAAAACAUUGUAUGAUAAAAGCACUAUUUAAAUGUGUGGGUGUCGCUAACCAAAGUUUUAUGAAGUUGGAUCUAAGUUUGGGCCAACUAAACAUUUUAAGUUCAGGUAACACUUUGACCAAAAAGUAGAGUAAACUAAAAAAGGCUGUCACUAAAUAAUAUUUAGUUGAAUCAACUAGAUUAUUUUUUAAGUGCAGUGAACCCUUGCUGCUUUUAACGGUCAUGUCUCUCGCUCUCCCUCUCCCCUCCCCUCCGCCAGGUGACAUCCAUAGAGUCAAAACUGGACUCUCUGCUGGAUGUUUACAGGCAGGUGUUACAAAAGGGUUCGUCUACCCUCACCCUCUCCUCCCUGCCCCUGUUCGAGCUGGAGCAUCAGACCUCCGACUACCAGAGCUCCGUCCGCAGCAAGGACCUGUCCUCCGGCUCCCCCCUGGGAGGGGAGGGUGGAGGGGGGCAUGGAAGUGGUGGGGGGAUGUCCCAGUCAACAACAGGCCACCAUCUCUCCAGGGGCCUCCAGCUCAUCCUUGCCCCCAGCGAGCUCACCCUCAACACCUGCCCCCCCUCCUACCCUGCCUCCACUGCAUCCCUCACGCCCUCGCCUCUCCUGCCCCCUGACAGCCCCUACCCGCUCCUCACCACGGCCAGUAGUUUCCCCAGGCGAGCGCACUUCCCUGACCUCCCACCCCCUCCACCAUCCGCUGGUGCUGCCACCCUUCAGCUGCCCCCCACGGGCCCCCAGCAAAGACGUCCCCUCAGCCCCACCCCGGAUGCUACACGAGGGGGUAGGCUGGAGCAGAGCUCAGGCCUCUCUAUGGUGGUGGACUCCGGGGUGGAUGAUGGAGAGGAGGGGGACAGAGAGGGUGGACAUACCCGGGGCAGGGUGCAGCUGAGGGGAAGGCCCCAUUUGAGGGAGGAGGGCCCCUUGAGGAGGCACAUGAGCCUGGAGGUGGACCCCAUGCUGGUGCUUUCCUCUGGAUGUGACGGGGAGCCCUCGGAGCAGGGACAGGGGCUGGGGAAGUCCCUGUCGGCACACAACCUCACCCAGCCAUCUGCGGACAACCCUCCUAACCUGUCCUCCCCCCUCGGCAACAGUAGCAGUUUUAGUGACGACUCCCAUGGCGACCCCGACGCUAGCAACUGGGGCGAGACUGACCUUUUCAUCACUGGCUGUGACCUGGAACCGCAGGAGGACCAGUUUGACUUCCUGUCCCAUCCCACAGCGGAUGGUACUGGCUGCUUGGACCUUCUGCGGACUGAAGAUGGGGGGUCCUUAAGCAGUCUGACUGGUCUCCGCACCCCCACAACGGGCAGUGCAGAGUCCCUCAACCAGCCUACCCACGUACGACUAAAAUAA